AUGGCUAAAACAAACGGCACACACACACAGCAAGGCCAACGAACCAAACAGUUAACAACAUUAACAGUAUUAAUGUUUACAGUGCUAACAGUAUUAAUACAAAUGCCUGUGAACAGUGCAGCGGCCGCCAUACAAGCCGCUCACAUGCACACCGCAGCCACCGGCGAAAACAAUGUCCGACCAGCAGCAUUAGCAGCUAUAAACGCCGCCGAGGUGCUUAGCAAUCAACAAAGCGCCGUCUUUCAACAAUUACUCGACAGCACGGCAGGUGCGGCACAACGCGGACGACGAAAGCGACUGCGCAAGCGCCACAACGACGAAAUGCGCCUGAGUCGCUUAGCAAGCGUGACAAACGAGGCUGAAGCGCCACUUGAGUGGAUGAAUGCAUGCGGGUAUGUGCAGGAGGAGAAUGCCGAGCCGAGCAUACAGCAUAUGAUGGCCAAAAAGGAAGCAGUGCGAACGCUUCGGAAGGCGCUGCGUUCGGAGAAUACAACAAUUAAUGCGUUACAUACGAUAAAUAUCGACGAUAUGCCCAGCUGGCGCAAGCAUAGUAGGAAAUAUAAAUUUCUGCCAACACUGAAUCGAACAGCCAAAAUCGAACUCCAUCACUGGCAUCGCGCCAUGCAGAAAUUUGUCGCCAGCUUCGCCGAACUGGGUGUGAAACAAUAUCGUUGGGAUCGUAAAAAUCUGCAAGUGGUCAGCGCUACCACACACGAACUCAACGCACUGUUGCUCAGCGCGCGGCGUACACUCUGCGAAGUGGAAUCCGCCAUACACGCUGUAAAUCCACAAGCGAAAAUACGCACCGUUACACGCGUCGAAAUGCAAAAGAAGCUGAAUUUCUAUUCGAACGAUCAGGCACGUGUCGACCAGCAAGGCGUGGACGCGAAAGAUUUGCGUUUCGCCAAACAGCGUUACAACAAAUACGUGCAACAUAUGCUGCAAAUCGUGCGCCGUCAAAUGCAGGCGACCCGAAAACGGGUGGGCAAUAGAGCAACAGCCAAGUCUAUAGCCAGCUACAGUGAUGAGAGCAACUACAGUCACUGGUUGGAUCUGGCCGAUUUGGAAGGCUACGACACCUCUGCGCAGGCGUCAUAUGGCAUGAGCGACGAGCUGCCGCUGGCAUCGUGAGCGCAUAACACAUAAUCGUUAGUGUAUUAGUAGUGUAAUGAGAAUUUAUCCCAGUAUGUGCCAUUAAUAGUGUAACUAAAAGAAGCUAUCCCUGCUGUAGCCUCUAUGUAGGCUGGUGAAAGCGCGUGCAGGCUCGGCUGUUGUAUUAUACCGAAAUACGGACGUCCAAUACUUAAACAUACCACUAAGUUUAACUAGUUUUAAGCGCACACAAUUCUUAGUGAUAGGCUAGAGUUCCUCAAAAUAUGCAUCACAUUAUUUAUUUAUUUAUUGCAUUCAUUUAGGCGUAU